CGAGCAGGGACAGUUUGGAAGUGAUCCAGUAUUGCGCGCGCGCGCUUCUGUAUUGAUCGUGAAACGUUAUUUUGAAAAUCGUCCAAAAUACCGCUCAAAAAUUCGCGAGUGAAAAAACGUCACAUCGGAAUUUGAGGGUUGGGUUGGGUUCAAUUGAAAUCGCGUGCGUGAAUUUUUCGUUUUAUUUUUAGUGCGUGACGAUUUGUGAUUGUGCUGAAAAUCGAUGUCGCUAUUGUUUAUUCGAAUCGGAUUGUAGCUACCUUUCCCGUUACAUGAGAACCAAUUAUAAUAGGAACGUGUUAAAUAAAGUAUUUUGGAUUGAUGUUUUGGUUUAUAUUUUCCAAGAAUUCGUCUAGUGAAGUGUUAGUGAAAUAAACUUUCUUUGAUAGUGUAAGUUAGACGAAUAGUCUAGACUUAAAAUUUGAAGGCAAUGAAGACGCAAAUAAAACGGCAAAUAAAAGAACUAUGGUUCUAGCAACUGAUGGUAAAUAAAGCAACGAUUAAUCUCAAAGAGCCGAGUUCAAAAGUGACUCACUCGAACAGCAGUAAAACGAAAUCACCAAAUAAACUAUAAAACCAAAGAGUAGUAUAUUUUAAGCAUUGCAAUGAGAGCAAAUCGGUGGACAUAACGAAAAUGGCCGCUGGGCACGCGACUUCGUGUCACAGUUUGUUUAUUUAUAUAGCCGUCUCCCUCUUAUUGCCGAUGGCUAACCAAGGUGCGACAGUGUACGAUGACCCCCGAAGCUUUUCCAAAGAUGAAAAGCGGUUGACAAGGGAGUAUCACUUGAGGCAGGGCGCUUUGAGAGGACUGAUCGUGAAGCCAGGAAAGAACUAUGAUCUUCAACCUGUGGAAAUGUUUCUGGGCAUUCCGUAUGCAGCUCCACCGGUUGGGAACUUGCGGUUUAUGCCACCAGUCAGCGCUCCGCCCUGGCCCGGCGUCCACAUGGCAACGCACUUCGCCCCCGUCUGCCCACAGUCCCUGCCAGUCAUCAAGAAGGGAAACCCACCAUCCCUGGGCAGGCAGCAUUACUUGAACAGGCUCAAACCUUUCCUAGCUAAGGAGUCUGAAGACUGCUUGUAUUUGAACAUCUAUGUGCCUUAUCGAGAGCAUAAGGCCAAGAAGUUCCCAGUGCUGGUCUUCAUCCAUGGUGACUCGUUCGAAUGGAGUUCUGGUAACCCAUACGAUGGUCGGAUACUCUCUUCCUAUGGGAAUGUCAUGGUGGUGACCGUGAACUUUAGGCUUGGAGUGCUUGGUUUCAUGAAACCCAGCCUCACGGAACACGUCUACGGGAACAACGGUCUGCUCGACCAGUUGGCAGCCCUGCAGUGGAUCAAAGACAACAUAGAGGAUCUGAAUGGAGACCCGCACUCCGUGACUCUGAUGGGGCACGGCACUGGUGCUGCGUGCGUCAAUUUCCUCAUGCUGUCUCCUAUUUCCAACGGGUUAUUCCAUCGCGCGAUCCUCAUGUCAGGAUCAGCGCUGUCGGAUGCAGCGAUGACGAGGGACCCCACACAAUACACUCUGCAGGUCGCUCAGAGCCUCGGAUGUAACCCCAGCUCUAAGAAUAUGAUGACGUGCUUACAGAAUAAACCGUUAUCCGAAAUCAAGAAAGUUCAGAUCCUGGCGCGGCGUUUUGAAACCCCACUGGGGCCUGUCGUGGCAGGCUCCUUCAUACCGAGCGAACCGGCCAAUACCAUGGCAUCUUUUCCGAAUCUUCUUAGCAAAUAUCAGUUGUUAAGCGGCGUAACGGAGUUGGAAAGCUACCACGAUUUUGGUGUGAUCGAACUUGACCAUGGCAUACUGGAGAAUCAGAGGGAUGAGUUCAUCACGAAAUUUGUCAAAAUCGUCUUCGAAGGUGCUGAAGACGAAGCACUGGAUGAGAUAUUAAAACAAUAUUCUCCAUCAAAGCUGGACCCUCAACGCUGGAACGUGGAGGCCAACCGCGAUGUGGUGUUGAACCUGUUCAGCGACGCGCGGACCCUGGCUCCGAUGAUCAACUUCGCCAACUACCAGUCUAAGGCCAACAGGCAGUCUUACUUCUACGUCUUUGCCCACAACUCUAUCAGCACGGAUUAUGCACCACUAAACAAAAGUGUGCAUGGUGAAGAGAUGCCGUACGUCCUGGGCAUUCCUCUGGGGGGCGCCAAUACACACUUCCAUGCGGAAUACACGCUGAAAGAGAAGCUCCUCAGUGAAGUUAUUAUGAGGCUCUGGACCAACUUCGUGAAAAAUGGUUCUCCGAACACUCAAAGCGUGAAUGAAUACUACACUCUUGACAAAAAACAAUGGAACCAGUACAAUGUCGAGUGGCCCGAAUACAACGUUGCUCAUCAGCCUUAUUUGAGGAUAGAUCUACCACCCGCUAUCAACAGUUUAUACAGGUCAAACUACACAAAGUUCUGGAUAGAGACUUUACCAAACAAACUGAAGAGAUACAUGGUUGAUCCUCUGUUCGAGUUUACACCGAAGCCAACGACAGCAAGGCCUAAAUCUGUUCAUAGAACAAUAGAUCGCAAUGAUGUUUUGCGAAAUACGUACGUGCCACAAGUAUACAACCCUUCUCACUCUAGUUCAGCUUCAUCGUAUGGAAAAUUACGACCAUACUCACCGCCAGACCCUAAACCUGAUACCGAUUCUAUAUAUAGAGAAAUACAGGCUAUAAAGAAACCGUUAAGACCCAUACCUACUAGUUUUUUGGAAAAAAAUGAUAGGGAAGCGCAAACAACAGCCAAACCAGUAAAUAUGCCUGUUAAAACAUCUAGUGCUACUGUUACUCUUGUCGUCUCUCUUGGAGUUUUAUUUAUAGCUGUAAAUAUAGGUAUAUGUGCAGCGUUGUAUUACAAAAAAAGAAAAUCACAAAAUAGAGCAAGUACAUUUGAAGCUCAUCACCAACCACGAGCUGAAAUAGGAGAAGUCGAUAUGAUUGGUCAAAAGAGUUCUAAGGAUGACAAAAGUGCUUUACAAACUUUCAAAAACGGCUGUAGUGUUAUUAAAUCUAUGAGUAUUAAUAAAAUACGUACUAGCAAUAGUACUAAGAAGGUUAAAAAGAAAGAGGUGUGUAAAACACCUAAGUCUGAUGAUUCCGGUGGUUUUAGAGAACGAUUUCAAUUAAGGAGACAUUUAUCGACAAGCACUUUAGAUGCACACACUAAAGUAAGAGAUUGGAUUGCCAAUGAAGUAAUGCAUCGAUGUUCGCCGAGUAUAUUGAGAAAAUCUAACAGUGAAUUAAAUGAUAAGUCGUACGCAGCUAUCAAACCUUUUACUAGAUCUGAAGAGUUGCUGUCUGAUUCAAGAAAAACAACAAAAGGAACAAUUAAAGCUAAUGAUUCAGCAUGCCCGCAAAAUCUUCUUGCAAAAAAUUAUAGUGGAAAGAAUAAAACUUCUGAAAAAACCACCUCAACUUCAGCUUUAGAUUCUCAUUCUUCAUUAGUGAGUAAUAAACAAUCAACACUAGGUAAGCGGAGUAAUAAAUCCAGUGACUCUUUAAAAAGUAAAGGAACAGAUAGUAAUAAAUCAAAGAAAGUCUCGGUCGCAAUCGAUGCUACACCAUCAGCACGAACUAAUUCUAUUUUAAAACAAGAACCCAUAGAACUUUCAAAGUCCUUGGAUGAAAAAGAAGCAAUACAUUCCAUAGCUGAAAACAAAUCGCAAAAAUCAAAAACUGGCGGAUUUGUUAAGCCUAUUGAUAGUACCUUAAAUAAACAAGAAGAAAACAAAGUUUACACAAAUGAGGUAACCUUAUCAUUAGGCAAAAAUGCACCUUUAAAAAUUACUCAUAAACAUUCCUCUUCUGAUCCAGUGACUGACGUAAAUUACGAGCUUUUACAAGAAAAAUUAAGACGUGAGAAUGAAAUCGUUAAUAUACUUCCUCCCGUCACAUUUAGAAACGAAGUUAACGUAACUUCUCGAGAUGAUAAAGUAAAACUAGAACCUCUAACAGCGGAAGAGUCCCUACUGACUAUUAAAAGAAGGAACUUCCCUAAAGUUCUUCCAGAUUUACCGAAAGCGCAAAAGAGAUUAUCUCUUCAACCAACGUCCUUACAAAGUUUUAGAGGAGUUGGUAGUUUUGAAAACCAAAUUGACAGACCAAAAGUACCGCCGCAACCACCGCCACGUACUACAACUUUGGAUCGACGGCUUACGUAUAAAAAUUCUAAACCUCUAUCUUCUUUCGAUGUUUCGAAUAUUAAAAAGAUUUCUGAAACAAGCUCGCUUAGCAGAAAUUAUGAGAAUAUAGACACGUUAACACCACAUUUAGAAAACACAAAGCUAAACAAUAAAUCUUUUGAGUCCGUUUCCUCUUGUGAUAAAUCCCAUCCAACAAUCAAAAUGGGUCAUAGAGAAUAUCCAAAAGUAAUCAUUGCUUCCAGCGAUUCGCCAAAUACUCCAGAACCUACGAUUAUUAUUAAACCUUCACCAAGUCAAGGAGAAAUACCUAGAAAUGUACCUAGAGUAAGACUACCUGAUGACUUUCAUACACAUGCUUCUGGAUCCGUGACUUCAUUUUCAUCAUUUUGUUCAGAUGAUGAUAUUGAUGAUGUAGUAGAUGAUACUUUUUUGGAGGACUUAGCCGAAGACAAGCUGAUUCAAGAAUUAGUUGGCGGGGUUGAUUCUCCUACAAGCAUGGACGUUUUAGAUUCAAAAGGACCAGAAACCAUAUUUGAGAAGAAAGUGGAAAUUGUACCUGUAAAAAUAAACCCAGCAUUAAUUGGAUCAAAAAAUAAAGAUGAUUAUGUAUGCAUAACAGAUUUGCUUUUACCAGAUAUAACUGGUACGGAACCUACAGCACAAAUUAAACCUAACUUUGGUUUGAACAAACUAAAGAAUAGAAGUGAAAGUAUAAAUAGGCCUCCAGAGAAGGCUGUUAAGGUGAAAACAAAACGAACCAUGAAAGCUACUGGACUUCUAAAUAGAGCUACUAAGAGUAGUAGCACCAGUAGUGUAGGUAGUGCUAAGUGUAAAAGUGACUCUAGUAAAUUAGAACAUUCUAACUCUGGUUCGUCAAACGACACUGAAACUAGUACUGGUACUGUUAUCAAAAUGAAAUAAAUAACUUUUACUUUGCACUUGUUUUAGCACAAGAAAUGUUCAUUGUACGCAUUUAACUUAGUUUUGUUUUGUACAUUAUAAUUAGUAAUUGCUUGAUAAUAGAAUUGAUGAUAUGAAUUAGAUUAUAAUGAGAUUUGAUCCUGCAAGCUUUAAAAUUUAGUUUUUGUAAUAAAGAAUGGAAUUAUAAGAUUAUUGAAGGGACUAUUAUUGGUAAUUAAGUAAGGCAUCAUGUACGAAAUCCGACCAAUGUAUUAUCCAAAGUGUUCUUAGUUUAAUACAAAUGCAUUUAGAAAAUAAAAGCUGUACACGCCU